GCUUUAGUAUAAUGCGUGGUUGUAUCAGAUGAAGAUUAUAAACUCGAAUGUGAAUGAUUAGUGCCGAUAGCAUUCGUCGUUAAACGCGCAUGUUACGGUAUUUUAAUUAUUAUUAUUAUUGUUAUUAUUGUUAUUCAAAUCGUUACUCGUUGUCAUAUGAAUAUAAUGUUUUAAAUCCAUCUCGUACGCGUAUAUAUAUAUUAUUGUACAGUAAUAUUAUACGUGUAUUUUUCGUCGUGUUAAUUGUGUUCGUUAUUUAAGUACAUCAAUACAUAAUAUAUUAAUAAUACAUAAUAACGAUAGAUACAUAUGGCUCUGGGCGCUUUCGACUAUGUCGUGCUUACGGUCACGUUACUCGCGUCCGCCGCGAUCGGAGUGUAUUACCGGCUCACGGGUGGCAAACAGCAAACGACACAGGAGUAUAUGCUCGGAGACAAGAAAUUGUCCAUUAUACCUGUGGGGUUUUCGUUAAUGGCCAGUUUUAUGUGUGCUACAGCCAUGUUUGGGCUAAGCGCUGAAAACUACUUGAGAGGAACACAAUUUAUGGCCAUUAACGCAUCCAAUAUUAUCGGUACACCUAUUGUCGCCUAUGUUUUUCUACCAGUUUUUUACAAACUCGGAUAUUUAUCCGUUUACCAGUAUUUGGAAGAACGUUUCGGCAAGUCAACUAGAAUCGUCGCAUCUUUGGCUUUUAGCAUCCAGACGGUGCUGCGCACUGCUCUGGUACUAUACGCGGCCUCGUUGGCUCUGAACGCGAUCGCCGGCUUUUCGCAGACCGCGUCCAUGAUGGCCGUCGGCAUAUUGUGCACCUUUUACUCGACCGUCGGUGGCAUAAAAGCCGUAAUCGUCACCGAUUUGUUUCAGUCGUUGCUCAUGUUUGGGUCCGUUUUCACCGUCAUUGCGGUGGCAGCGGUUAAUGUCGGUGGACUGACAGAGAUUUGGAGGAUUGCCUACGAUUACGGUCGCGUGGAACUGUUCAACUUUCAGAUCGACCCGACGAUCAGGCACAGCUGGUGGUCACUGAUGCUGGGCGGCAUGUUCACGUACGUCUCGGUGUACGGUGUCAACCAGGUGCAGGUGCAGCGUUACCUGACCAUGAAGGACUACAGAACCGCGGUAAGGACCCUGUGGUUCAGCUGGCCGAUAACCGCUUUCCUGUCGCUGUCCAUGUGCUUCGCGGGACUGGCCAUAUUCUCCAUGUACCGGGACUGCGACCCGAUCAAGGAAGGCAGAAUAGAUAGUGGCGAUCAGCUGAUGGCUCUGUUCGUGUUGGACACGAUGGCCCACUUGCCCGGAUUAACUGGCUUGUUUUUGGCGGGCGUAUGCUCAUCCGCACUGUGUUCCGUGUCCGCAGCUCUCAACUCGCUAGCAGCCGUCACACUCGAGGACUAUAUCACGCCACUGGCAAACGUCGACAUACCCGAUGAGAAACGUGUGGUGUGGCUGAAGGUCCUUGUCGUUGUUUACGGGAUCCUAUCGAUAGCAUUAGCGUUUUGUGCGCAUUUCGUGGGACCGCUGUUGCAGGCCUCGAUGACGAUUUUGGGCAUUAUCGGCGGACCAAUGUUGGCGGUGUUCACUCUCGGCAUACUUGUACCGUACGUAAACCAAAAGGGUGCUUUGGUGGGCCUGGUCGCAGGUCUCGUCUUUUCAUUUGUCUUGGGACUAGGAGGACCCAAACCGCCCGUGAACAAUUUGCCCACCUACACUAACGGAUGUUCACCGGACUCGUUUCACAAUUUCGAUGUAAACGUUUCUUCUACUAUUCUACUGCUAGCGUCUACGUCCACACAAGAGAUUCAUGAAGAAAGUUACAUGUAUUUGUAUAAGAUAAGUUACAUGUACUAUAUAGUCAUUGGAUUCGCGACUACCGUAUUAGUGAGUUUGGUGGCAAGCUUGUUCUUCGAAUCCAAUGUAAAUACCCUAGAUCCGAAACUAUUUUUUUCGGCUAUUCCAGAGAGUGUAGAAAGACAAGUCGAAACGAGACAAAAAAGACCUUCAACUGUUUCAAAAACCGUCACGUUUUCCAUUAAUUCAUGAAAAAUAUCAUUGUUUAUUAUUAUUAUUAUUAUUAAUAUUAAUAGUUUAAUUUAUGAUGUGAA